UGUAUUUGUUUGUAUGAAUUCUACAAAAACAUCAACUACAAAAUCAACUAGCAAACCUAACGGACCAAUUAAUGAAUAUAUAACUACCACUACUGUGAUAACAAACGAACCAACUUCAACUACUAGAAUGGCUACAACAACAGUUUCGACUACUUCUACUUCUGCACCACAAGUUACUCCACGUGCUACUUUUAGAGAUUUAUGUUCACUUUUUUGUUGCCCUCCAUUUCCUUCUUCUAUUGUUGCUAAAUUGGCUUUUAUGCCACCUGAACCUAGUUAUCGGAUUUUGACUAGCGAUACUGGAAGGUUUGUUCUUUUGCUUUUUUAUUUUUUAAUUUCUUUUGGGGGCUUCUAAACUUUUGGGAAGUAAAAAAAUUUUUUGCGGAUAAAAAUUUUUCUGUCCGCAACUUUUUUGCGGACAACCGAACCUUUUCUUAUUAGAAGACCAUUCAAGCUUUGCGAUUAAAAAAAUUUUUGCGAACUGAAUUUUUGCGUAUAUUCUUUGCGGACAACCUCCUUAACCUUGAAUCCUUAUCAUGAACUCAGCCAAUUCCCAUUCCCUCCCUUUCUCCAAUCAAAUAAAACAUGUAUUUUUAAGGACUUCUUUGG